UUAACAAAUAUAUGCCCCUUUUAUCAAUAAAUUGGACGACUCGACUAUUAAUUAUCUUUGUUACUAAUACUUUGAAAUGCAGCGUGUUCAACAGAGAUAAUCAAAUUAUAAUGGUUGACGUAGCUAAAUAAAAUAUUGACAUAUGUAACAUAAACUAGAGUAUUGUAAAAUCAGUGAUGUCCGAUAAGUCAAAGCGAGAAUAUUUUUUUGAGAUAACCGGUGUAAUGAAUUGAAAGUAAACAUUAAUUUUCAAUUUUAGUGUUGCAAAUAUAAUACACAUAUAGAUGGGCACCAAAAGAAUGUAAAAUUGUUGUAUUGAAAUUAAUAUAAAAGCCUAACUGGAUUCAUUCUUUGCUUUGGAGUGGUCUAUAGUAAUUAACAUUGGGAGAAACGAAACUGUUGGAUAGCAAAAAAUACAAGAAAAUAGGUGACAAAAAUGUUGAAAUCAAAAACAAUGACUCGUCAAAUUGCAAAAGAAUAUCGCAUGUGGCGUAAAAUAAGCAGCUAUAACAAGGGCAACGGGAGUAUGGCUAAAUUUCCAUCAACCCAAUUUAAAUUACAACGUGCAUUAAUCAUUACCAAGUUUUCUCGAUAUGAAUUCGAACAGAUGCGCUAUCCACAGCUCAGCCGAGAACAAUUGGAGAAGAAGUUGCGCGAUCGUGGCACUGACUUUGAAAUGCUCAUGUACCUACACAAUUUACAUAAGGACUUUGAAAGAAAUGUGGUGCAAAGUUUUCUUAAUGUGGGCUGUGAAGUGAAGGUGGCUAAUAGAGUCGAAUUUAGAAGCUCUCUAAGCAAAGAGAUCAUGAAAUGGGCUGAUUUGAUUGUACCGGUAGGCGGUGAUGGAACGUUUUUGCUAGCAGCGGGACGGGCAAGUCCACUUUUUGCUCAAAGUCAACAGAAAACCCCAAUUGUUGGCUUUAAUUCAGAUCCCCAAAGAUCAGAAGGACGAUUAAUGUUGCCAAAACAUUAUACAGAAAAUACAGCAGAUGCGGUAUUCAAAAUAAAAAGCGGUGAUUUUCAAUGGAUGUAUCGAACUCGCAUCCGUACAUCUAUAUUAGGCAGUAAUGGCAAAAUACCCGAAUCCACCGACUUAUAUCGACACACGGUAACCAAAAUGGAGCAAGAGAAAACUGAACCAGAAUAUUUGAGCAAAGUUUGGUCGUUACGUUAUAAGGCCAAAAUGAAAAGAGUUUUGCCAUAUUUGGCGCUAAACGAGGUGUUCAUUGGGGAGCAACUUUCGGCGCGUGUAUCCCAUUUGCAAUUAGUUAUCAAUCACGAGAACGUAGAUAAUAAAACAAAAUGUUCGGGGUUAUGUGUAAGUACUGGCACAGGAUCAACUUCAUGGCACACAAGCAUAAAUCGCAUUACAUCCCAACAAGUAGAGGACCUAUUAAGCAUAUUACCAAUUCCUGACCCCGUCUAUGCUAAACCAAAGCCAAUUUUUGAUUCAGACGAAAUCGCUACUCAGUACAAUCAAAAUUUACGUUUCAGUCCAGAUGAUCCACGCUUGUGUUAUUCGAUCCGUGAGCAAAUAUGUGUGGGAGUUUGGCCCAGUCCAAGGAACUUUAAAGCACGCAAAUUUGUAAACAGCUUAUUUGUGAAGUCCCGUUGUAUUGAUGCUAGUGUCAAAUAUAAUAAAUCUGCUAACGAUUUAUUAUUUUUUCAGAUCUUGUUAUUGAUGGUAGCAUAUCAUAUCCAUUCAAUGAUGGGGCGAAGGCGUUGUUGGAAGUAUACCCAGAAGAUUCAUUACUUACCAUAUCCUUAGAUUAAAUCGAAAUUUAUAUUUUUAGCAUAAGGCAUAAAUAUUAUGAUGUUGAAUAAUAUUGUAUAUAUGUACGUAUGUAAAACUAUAAUAAUUAUACAAAUGUGUAUGUAUUUAGAUUAUUAGAUAAUAGAUUUAAGUGCAUAUCUACUAUGAAUGUAAAGUGUGUCUGCCUAGUGCAUAUUCAUUUAUUUAUAUUGUUGAAAAUAAACAAAUAAAUUUGCAUAUACAGA